AUGUCAGCCCAAACCUUGUUUCUUUACGAUCAACUUGCACAGCUUCGAAGCACAACCAGUCCCUCUGCUACAGAUUUCAGCACUUCAGAUAGUGGCUCUGGCGAAGGUUACGCAACAGGCAUUCCUGUUUGCCCUUCUCCGUCCACACCAGUCACAUUGUCUGCUCCUGUGCCCACCAGCUCAGCCAACAGCAUCGAUACAGCCUCUGGCGCACCACAGUCACCGAUGAAAGCACCUCCAGAAUCCGAUACCAGCACUCCUGCGAAGAUCACCGUCAAUGCACCAACUCAAUCCUCGGGGCAGCACUCUCCCCAAUAUGUUGCUGACUUUCAACCAUCGCCAUCUGCAGCACGUCAUAGGUCAACUGCCAUCUUUGCGCCCAUGCUACUCACCCAGAACUACCAACCACAGUUCUCAGUCUACCAGCUGCAUACCGACCCCCCAUUGGUCUGA